UACUCGUUCAGUUACCCCUUUAAUUGCAUUGACCCUCAUCCCCAUCACCUUACCCACCAAUCUAAUCUGUUAGCUAUCCAUCAUCAUCAUCUUUGAGAAGCUCCCAUGGCUGAUAAUUCUGCUUGCAACCCGGACCUCAUUAUUGCUCAUAAAUUCCCCGAUACAACUUAUGCUUAUACUGAGAGAGAUGUAGCUGUCUAUGCCUUGGGUGUUGGAGCAUGUGGUCGGGACGCCGUCGAUACCGACGAACUUAAAUACGUUUACCAUGAAAACGGACAGCAGUUUAUCAAGGUUUUGCCAACAUUUUCUACUUUAUUUUCACUUAGAGGUCUGCCACAACUUAGUGGUGUGCCUGGCUUAAGGUUUGAUAAACGUCUUCUGUUGCAUGGACAACAAUACAUAGAAAUACACAAGCCACUUCCUUCAAAUGCCUCUAUACUUAACAAAACAGCCAUUGCAGGUUUCCAUGACAAAGGUAAAGCAGCAAUACUUGAACUUGAAACCAGAAGUUAUGAGAAAGAGUCUGGUGAACUAUUAACCUUGAAUCGGACAAGUGUUUUUCUACGUGGUGCUGGUGGCUUCUCAGAUCCAUCUAAGCCCUUUACAUACUCAAACUAUCCAGUCAAUCCGGCUUCAGCUAUGAAAAUCCCAAAAACUCAACCUUCUGCAGUAUUUGAGGAUUGUACCCAACCACCUCAGGCUUUAUUGUAUAGGUUAUCCGGUGACUAUAAUCCUCUGCAUUCAGAUCCUAUGAUUGCAAAGGUCGCAGGAUUUUCAAGGCCAAUUUUGCAUGGAUUGUGUACCCUUGGGUUUGCGGUACGGGCUAUCAUCAAAUGUAUUUGCAGGGGAGAUCCAGACAUGGUCAAAAGCAUCUUUGCACGGUUCCUUUUGCAUGUGUAUCCUGGUGAAGCACUCAUCACCGAGAUGUGGCUUGAAGGCUCGAGGGUCAUAUAUCAGGUAAAGGCGAAAGAAAGGAAUCGAGCAGUGCUGUCAGGCUAUGUUGACCUCCAUCGAUUAGCAGCUUCACUAUAAUCAACUAGAAAUCAACUUGAUAUAUAUCCGACUUGUGUUAUAAGUGCUGCUUCAAAGUGCAAACUUCAUAAAUAGGGAACUUAAUGAAUGGAAAAUUUGAAAAUGAAGUUGAAUUUCUUAAAA